CGCGGUGACGUCAGAGCGACGACGCGAGGCCGUUUUAUUGUUCGGCGGCAGUGAAUGGCCUGCGGGGUGGCCUCCGCUCGCCUCCCCGCUCCCUCUUGGCCCGCACGGGGACAGGCGCGUACGGAGCCGUCGCGCCUCGCCGAUUGACUCCGGAUGCCCGUCCGCCCGCCCGUCCUGCCGCCGCCACCGCCACCGCCACCGCAGGCGCCGCCGCCGCCGCCGCGUAGUGGCGGCUCGAUUUGUUGCGGCGCGUCGGGCCUGGGGACCGUGAUGGAGACCGAGGUAUCAUCAAGAGCCCUCGCGGAGCCUCCCACAGACGGGCUGCUCGUGAUGCCACGACAGCCUCUUCUUGCCCCAACAUCCACCAUGGAGUUUCUCCCAACACAGUUCUUACCGAGCACCCAGUCUCCAACAAAGACGCGUCGCAGUGCAUUCGGCGUCCCGGAACAUAUCCAACCCCAGCAAGCCCAGAGUUCUGAUGGACCCGAGCCGCAGGCUAGCCUCCCCGCCGGCUGGGAAGGGUCAGCUGAGCACGUCUCCCUACAGUGGCAGUGGCCCAUUCCUGAUGCCAUGCCCUGGGUCACCCAGACUGCUGCACCCGUCUCCUUCACCGCAAGCCAUCCGCGAGAGACACACUGCCAGUCGGGGCUCAAGAGUGGUGGAGUUAUACGGCUCAAGAGGAGGAAGGCUGUGGAAGAAGAGGCGACUCGAUGCAAGCAAGCGCUCACGGAAGAAAUGAUGGCAGCCAAGCUGAGCAGCCUGAGCCUCAACAAUGACCACGUGUACGGCUCGAAUGGGUUUCCAGCGCGGCGCGACACGCAGGAACGCGACAGCAAGUACCGCCAGUGGGAGGAGGCGUACCGCCGCUUCUGCGAGCUCGAGGGCAGGCUGGAGGAGGAGGAGGAAGACGGAGAGAAGACCGGGGUGUUUGAGGAAGGCGUGUACGACAUGUCGGACAACCCCAUCAUCACCCUGUCCUGCACGCUCAAGGAGCAGCUACGGAACACCAUGACCGAUGCCAUCACUCAGCUCACCAUUGAUUCCAUCAGGCGGCCGUGCAUGGAGCUGGUCGUCUGGCACCCGCCGGACACGAUGCUUCGCGAGACGCUGCGUGCCAUCGAGUCCGACUCCCGGUCCCCGACUCCAGUCCCUGGGCCAGCGACACCGUCCUCCCGUGCCACCACCUCCUCCGCCAAGCUUCUUCCCAGUGUGGACGAGGGAGAAGUGGAGCCCUCUUGCGAGAAUGUGCUCGUUGAGACUGCUUUGAAUGCGGCCGCCAGACCCAGAACUCUCUUGACAGAAGAAGACAUGGAACUCUGAUCACAUUGAGGUUGCGAUGUGUGUUAUAUAUAUAUGUUUUUCUAUUUGAUGCCAUUUUUUGUUGGGUGAUGUUUUGAACUUUGUUUGAAGGUUUGUCAGUGUGAGGCACAGCUGUAUGGGACAGUAGUUGUAUUGCUAUUGCACUUAGUUUGCUAAAUAAUUUUCUGUCUAGUGUUAUUCCUCGUGUGUGCCCGAAUUCAUUGACCAGUACCAAUUUAACAACACUUCACUGUUUUAAUCUGUGAUCUUAAACAUUUGGUUGCAUUGAUUACCUACACCAGUAAUGCAAUUAAAAUCUUAAUAUGGUGUCUUAACGUUUAAUAAAGUGUGCAAUCAUCCCAACUCUUGAAAAUUGUUCCAUUCAAUCAGAAUAACAUGCAAUCUUAAAUGUACUUAUUUAAUGACUAAACAAUGUGUUUGUUUAAAUCCAGAUACAUUUGUUUAUUACAAAUACUUAACAAUUUUGAUGUAUGUAGCAUCCUAAACGUGAUUGCAUCUCAAGCCAAGGAUUGCUAGAGGAUUUUAGUCAACCAUAUAAUUAGCUGAAAUGAUAUAGCAUGCAAUGUGGAAACCUCACCACUAAAUCCUUAAUUUGCGUGAAAGUCUGCUCGAUGAAUUGCAUUUCCUCGUUCUAAUAUUUCAUUGAACAUUAGACCCCCUGCAAAUGUGUCCUUACAAAAAAAACUUGUCCUACUCGCAAACAAUCGAGAGAAAAAAAAUUAUCCGUCUUUUCUACGUUGUUGAAUAAAUACAUUUACUUUAAAGCCAAGCGAAGCAACUUGUGAAAGUAUUAUUGCACAUAGAAAUAACACGCAAACGGCAUGCUGCUCCCAAACAGCAGGAAGGCACGACUCCAAUCAUGACUCGUGUACAUGCCAUGUGACCCGCAUUGCGUUUACAGGAAAACCUUGCCCAACGUGUGUUUUGGCUGUACACUGUACGGAUAACGUGCAUUAUAAAAUCAUCCUACAGUCAUCCCACGGUGGGACAAAGACUUGAGAUGAAGGUACGCUGCGUUCUGUUUCAUUCCACAAACAACUACCAUACUGCUCGGCUGCGCAGCGCAAGAAAGUAGUUCCGUCAUCGACCGCUCAAACUGCGUCAUAACGGGCGAGUUCCACGUGCGAAAAGUAACGCGUUAAAGCGAAAACGCGUUGUGUGAACACUCGUUAAGCGAGGACUUGCUGUACACGGUUUACCUAAUGUCUUUUUUUCGGAACGGGGGAUGUUUCGGCUAUACGCGGUUUGACGCUGCUACAUUUCUCAUCUCUGUGUCGAAAAGCAUUGUUGUGAGAGUGCUGCAUUUUUUGGGAGGUGUGAAUAAAUCGACUGAACGAUU